GCCAAUGGAAAAGUAGUUCUGAAAAGUAUAUUUGUGGAAUUUUUAAGAACUUUUUCAAGAUUUCCGCUUUGAUAUUUGAUCUAUCAAAUUGGUGUGCAUGUGGGACUAAAAAAGUGACAUAUAAGGUGUUAGGAAUGAUUAAAGAAUAUUAAUUUGUAUAAAUAUUUUUCCAUUUGUUAAACGUGUAAAAAGAAUUAUGUUAUGCAUGAAUUGUGCAAACUUUUACUAAUUUCUGAUAUUAGAUUUUAAUGCAAGGGAGUUGUUAUUUACUAAAAAGAGUUUCAACAAAUACGUGGUAAUGGAUAAUGCAACAGCAGUAGAAAAUGCAGUAAAAAGAUUUUAUGCCUCAGGUGACAAUGAAGCUCACACUUGGCUACUACAGGUUCAAAAUUCGCCAGAGGCCUGGUCUUUUCUAUGGCAAUUGUUGGAUUCAUCAAAGUCAGCAGAGAUACAAUUUUUCGCUGCUAAUACACUACAUUUAAAAAUUUCAAAACAAUGGAGUGAAGUGCCAAAAACAGAGUAUUUAGCUUUACAAGCAAAAAUAUUAGAAGUUCUCAAGAAUUCUGGGACUUCUAAAUUGGUAUUAGAAAAGCUGUGUCAAGCAUUAGCUGCUUUUAUGUGUCAUUAUAUAAUGUUACAUAGUGAAAAUAAAGACAAAUAUUUAGUGGAGGGGCUGAAUGAAAUUUUACCUUACAAUAUACCUACCACUGUAAACUUACUUGUACGAGUGCUGGAGGCAGUUCCAAAAGAAAUGAAUAACUAUACUCUGACUCAAACGAUUGCGAAGCGAGAAAACAUCAAACAAUUCAAAAUAAGAGACAGCAUCAUCGUUAAUUUUUCAAAGACAGUCUGGAUCCUUCAACAGAUCUUUAUAUCUUGCAGUCAAAUGAACGACGACAAUAGUCGUGCAUUAUAUCUAUCUGGUGUUGAGUGUGUACUUUCGUGGAUGAAACUUGGACAAUUUCCCUUAGAUAUAAUUGGACAGUUGUUUCCCCAUUUACUCAUUGCAGCAACUCGCUACUUACCUAACAGGGACGACACCGACGAUUACGCAGCUCGUGGCUGGGAAGUGGUACAAGACUGUUUGAAGAUGGUGGUUACCCAUACUGAGCUGUACAAGCGCCCCCAACUAUUCUGGGAAUGGACCAAGACAUUGAUCUGUAUUGUUAAGGAGCACGGUGCCAAGUAUUACUACGAACUUUUAACCGCUUUGGGCGAAGCUCAUAGCCGAACGAUUCUGUUAGCAUUAGCCUCCAAUGAUCCUACGAGAGAACAGCAUAAAUGGACUUCUCAACAACUAACGGAAUUCUUAUUACAAUGCUCCGAGCAGGAUGGACGAUAUCCUGUCGAUGAGAAGUCAAGUUGCAUACCUUUCGGCUUUUGGUAUGCUUUGCAGGAUGAUAUUACAACUCUGGACGAGCCGGAGGUCGAGAAACAGGCAGUUAUUUCUCUGAAGCCUAUUUACAUGCGAUUAGCGCAAGCUUUGUUGAAAAAAGCUACGUUGCCUUCGUCGCCAAGUGAAGCUGGUACACCAGAUGAGCGCGAGUUACUCAGGUGUUACAGGCAAGAUGCCGCAGAUUCUCUAAUCUACUGCUUCAAUGUACUCCACAAAGAUCUGAUGAUAUUACUUGGUCAGAGGUUGAGCCAGACUCAUAACGAUGUGUCCAAGUGGACCGAAGUCGAGUCGACGAUUCAUGCCUUUAAGGCUAUUUGCGAUAGCGCGGGCCCACAGCAAUCAAAUUACGUCGCUGGAAUUAUGGAUUUGAUGCUCUCACACGUACCCUAUGAAAUAUAUCCAAGAGAAGUGCUAGCAUGCGCAUGUUCAGCGGUAGGCAAUUAUGCUGAAUGGAUAGGAGCCCAUCCAGAUCCAUGGCUCGAACGUUCGCUUCGUUUGGUAGCAAUUGGUUUAACAAAUGGUCCUAUAACGGCACCGGCAGCUAGUAUGGCUCUUAAGGAUAUAGCCCGCGAAUGUAAUCAGUUUCUCGCUCCAUUAGCACCUUCAAUUCUCGAAACGAUUGGUCGAACUUUACCCAACGUUACACCUGGCGGUGGAGAAGGUUUGAGAUUGAUGUAUGCGGCUGGCAAGUUGUUGAAUUCGUUGAGAACGACUGAAGAACAGUUGUCAUAUUUGGAGACUACACUGGGAUUGUGCGUGAUGAGGUUGAGACAUCUGCUACAGUUGCCAGUUAACGAGGUGCAAGUUGCCGUGGCUAAUCAACUGAAAAUGAUUACUAUGUUUUUUACAACACUCGAAGGGAACAUUGGUAACGCCGUGUUGAAAGCAUUGCUGCCGAUUUUUGAAGGGAUUGUAAACCAUCCAGAGUGGAGUAGGAACGACAUGACGUUGGAAGCGAUGCACACUUGCGCUCAAAAAUCAAUUACCUCUCUUGUUAAUCCUGAGAGCGAAGCUCUGCCCCUCUUGGCGAUUCUCAGUGCAUCUUACAAAAUUCGACCACAUCCAGCAGCAUUAAGCUUCCUCAAACAAUUAGUUUUAGUUUAUGGUCGCGAUCCGAACAACGUCAUCGGACCUCUUUUCAGCGAGAUUAGUGCUUUGACACUCGGUGGUGUUGCUGCCUGUCGACAAAUCAGCGGUAACUUGUCCGAAUUGUCAGAUCUAUUGGAGACCUAUAUGAAUCUGCUGGCGCAGGUUUGCAAAAAGAAUGCAAGAUUGCUACUGCAGGUGCCUGAUCAAGUGCCUGAGAUGUUGAAUUGCGGAAUAGCCUGUUUGUGUUUGCCAGAAGCUGGAGCUAUAAGAGCAGCCGGCAGUUUUUUAACUCACGCAAUCACUCAAAGCCCGCAUCUGCAGACGUUCAUUCAACCGAUCGGGCAGGAUUUAGUUUGCGUAAUUCUGCAAUGCGUGGCCGGCGCAGUGCCGCGAAACAACUUGGAGCCGCACGCAGAAGUGUUGCUCGCGCUGAACAAAACGUGCCUCGACUGGACGGCUCAAUGGCUGCGAAAUGCACUGGCAGACAGCAGUGCGCCGCUGGUGCCACAGGAAAAAAUUGAUAGUUUCACCCGAGAUAUUUUACGCGAGCGCACGAAUAAGCGGCUGAUCUUUGAAAGAUUGCGCGAGUUUAGUCUUCACUGUCGUCAAGCGCUCUGAAUCCAAGUUGCAGAGUAAUCCGCAAGCAAGUUCGAUUCAAUCAAUCCAAGUGGGCAAAAGGUUUUGCUAACAUUCCCGAGGAUGUUUCAACAGAUAUUAUAGAUUAAUGAGUAGUACCUACUAACGUUUAGAGCUAUAGUGCUAGAACAAGUGUUUUUAAACUUUAUGACCUUUUCGGCGAAUUUCAAUUCUUCUUGGCUAAGACUGAAUUUUUUUCGAUUGCUUUGCUCUUCGUUAUAAUUUAGCUGUAUGCUAUAUAUUGAAUACACUUAUUUGGCCAAUUCUCAGAAGCAAUCCACUGUAAUUCUUUAGUCAUUUCAAUUGUUAUUUCAACAUUUCAGUCAUCGCGAUUUCUGAUUUUUUACAUGUCGCAAGCGAAAACAGACGAGUAACCAUGAGUCAAAAAGACCACAAUAUGUAUAAUAAUGAAAUAAAAGAAAUUAAUUAAUGAAUUGUAACAUAGUCAGCCAUGAACAGUUAACAUAUUUUCUUGUUCCUGUAAAAGUAUUAUUGUAAGCCAGAGUGAUGCAAUGAUUUUUAUCAAAAAAUAUAAGAAUUUUUACAGAGCAUUAAAAAUUAAAUAAACAUUAUAAUUGAUUAUUAUGCGCUGUACAAACAAUCGCUUCCACAUUUUUCUGUAUAAAAUGCAG